AGGAAGGAGGCGAGAGCGUUAAGAAGACGGAAGGGGGUGCGAGUGGGAGGACCUGUCCAGGGAACGGCGGCUGACCGGAGUAGGAGGGAUCGCCGCUUGCGGGGGACUGCUGACUGCCCACGUGUUUGUGCUUGGCUACUGUCAGCGACCUUAAAGAAAACGGGAGAUGACUGAGUGUCCAAGUUGGGAAGAGAGAGAAAAAGUUGCUCUAAAGAACUAGGAAAACAAUGUUGUAAGGACAGUAUUAAAGAUUCAAGAGGAACUCCCAUGGUACUUGACCCUUUCGAGACCCCGUGUGACCUCGACUGAACCUAACCCCAGUGCCCGCUGAAACCUCGUACUCAACCUCGUCCGCGACUCCAGCCAAGAUGUUCAACCUCUCCGAACUCGGGUCGUUAGAGACGUCGGCGAUGGCCUCGCCCGCGACCUCCCUGACCUCCACGACCGCCUCCAGCACGACCACGACCACCUCCAAGUCGGACGACCACGUGAAGCGGCCCAUGAACGCCUUCAUGGUGUGGUCCAGGAUCCAGAGAAGGAAGAUCGCGCUCGAGAACCCCAAGAUGCACAACUCGGAGAUCUCGAAGCGCCUCGGGUCGGAGUGGAAGCUGCUGACCGACUCCGAGAAGAGGCCGUUCAUCGACGAGGCCAAGAGAUUGAGGUAA